UUAGCCACACGGUCCACACGCGAAGGACACGAGAGCUGUACACUGCCAACCCCUUCCGCUCUUCUCGUCCCACUGUUGGAAGCUGCACUCGCCUUCUGCAUCCAUCACUUCAGAAGAACUGUCAGCAAGAUGGAAACCACAACCAUCACCACCACGCAGACUGCCUUCACCUUUGGAUUUACCGAAAGACACGCCAGCAUCAGCCUGCACGCCCCAGCCCAGGACUGCGCUGACCCCGCCGUGCUCCCCAGCACCAACGCUGCCGGCUUCCAGAGUAAAACCAAGGUGCUGAAGAGACAGCGCUCCAGCUCGCCAGAGCUCCUGCGCUGCAAGCGGCGUCUGAGCUUCAACGGACUCGGCUACUCCAUCCCUCAGCAGCAGCCGGUGGCCGUGGCCCGGCGGAACGAAAGAGAGAGGAACCGGGUCAAACAAGUCAACAUGGGUUUCCAGACGCUGCGACAGCAUGUGCCGAACGGCGCCGCCAACAAGAAGAUGAGUAAAGUGGAGACCCUGAGGUCUGCGGUGGAGUACAUCAGGGCAUUACAACAACUUCUGGACGAACAUGACGCGGUGUCGGCUGCUUUCCAAUGCGGGUUGCCAUCCCCGACACUCUCCAACAGCUACUCCGCCGACCCAGAGUCGCCUCACUCCACCUACUCAUCAGACGAGGGCGGUUAUGAGCCUCUGAGCUCGGAGGAACAGGAGCUGUUGGACUUUACGACCUGGUUCGACAGGUACUGA